GCUCGUGUUCCCGCAAUGGUUCGGUUUCUGACUGAGCUUACAAUCAUGUCCAUGUGUGGCGUGCGGCGCAGGGAGAGGGAGGCCCGGCCGGCGACGAUGGCGGAAGACCGCAGCUGGAUGUACACGGGCCGCCAGAGCAGGAAGAAGUUCACCCCCGAGUGGUUGGAGAAGACGACCGAGUUCGUGGAGCGCGCCUUCCGCAUCCUCCCGCCGGGGCGCCAUGCCGUCGUGCUGUGCCCCUGCGCUCGCUGCGAGUUCAGGCUGUACAGAUCGAAGGACGAGAUUCAGUUGCAUCUGUUCAAGAACGGGUUCGCGCCAGGGUACACGGUGUGGGUGUACCACGGCGAGCGCCACAACCCCCAGCCUGCUAAGCCGUCAGACGACCACCCCAAAGAGAACGGCGAUCUCAACGGGAUGAAGGAUGGCGCCGGCGGUGGCGAGCAAGCGUCGAAAUCAGCGCAGGGGACCAAGAAGUGGGCGUGUGCAAGAGGCAAGCCACCAAAGAAGGAUCAACUGUGGGCGCGGGCUGCGCCGCAGGGAGAGGGAGGCCCAGCGACGAUGGCGGACGACCGCAGCUGGAUGUACACGGGCCGCCAGAGCAGGGAGUCCAUCACCCCCGAGUGGGUGGAGAAGACGACCGAGUUCGUGGAGCGCGCCUUCCGCGGCGUCCCGCCGGAGCGCCAGGACGUGGGCAUGCUGUGCCCCUGCGCGCGCUGCCGCAACCGCAACAGGCGGCCGAGGACCAAGUACGCCAUGCAGCUGGAUCUGGGCAGGAACGGCUUCAUGCCAGGGUACACGGUGUGGGUGCACCACGGCGAGGGCCACAACCCCCAGCCUGCCAAGCCGUCCGACGACCAUGGUGGCGGCGAGCAAGUGUCGAAACCGCAGGGGACCAAGAAGUGGGAAAUGCCCUUGCUUGAGGCGUAUGCAAGAAGCAAGCUACCAAAAGAGGAUCAAAUUAAGUGGAGCUACCAAAAAUACCUGUGGGAACAAGAGAAAAUCAAGCAGCAGCAGAGUGCACCAAAGACAAAGAGGCUGCGCACCUCCGGUUCGCCCACUGCCAAGCCUGCUGAAGAUGAAGGGCGCAAUGUCAGCGUCCCGGAGCCUGAACUUGAAGAUACGGCAACGUCAACAGCUGAUGGCCCUGCAGCUAAUCCGGCGACUACAGCCAACGCGCAAGGAGUUCAAAUCCCAGCUGGACCGACGGCUCGUCCCAAGCGCAAGACUGGCCCGCCCGGGUGGCAUUCCGUGUAACGGCCACCUCCUUUAGCUCCUCCUGUACUUGGCGGUUAAGAACUGGGCGGCUAAGGCCGAUGUAAGCACUAGCUGUGUGUGUGGAUUAAUCAGCUAGUUAAACUUCUUCUAGAUCUCUCCUGCCGGCGUAGUUUUGGGCCUACUGGUGGUCGUCGGCAUGCCUCGGUUGUAAGGGUGGUGUACUGCACUUUCAGUAGUUUAAUUUGCUUCCAGAGAACUUCUUUGUUUCCCCAUGGAUGACAUCCAAUGCCCCAUAGUUAGCUGGAAUGUGCGCGGCCUGAACUUUCCGGCAAUCUGCGAGGUCGCCAACGCCCAUAGACGAAACUAUCCAAUUGAAACGUGGGAUCGACAGUUAGUUAGAGAAGUAGGGGUACCGUGUCUUCAGAUGUGCAUAGUUAUGCCUGCCUUGGGCACUAGGGGUGGCGCGUCAAUUUUCUGGGAUGACACAGUCGUGUCUGUGGCGUCGCAUAGGAUAGGAAUCUACUACUACUCCAUUACGGCGCAAGUUACGGUAAUUAGAUCGGCUAAAAUCUUCUGGCUAACCACCGUGUAUGGACCAACAGACGACGCAUCUAAAGAUUAGUUCCUCCUCGAGCUAGUAAGCAGUGCGCCACCCGCCGGCGAGCCGUGGCUCAUGAACGGCGAUUUCAACGCAAUCUAUGAGGCUCAGGACAAAGACAACCUUAACCUCAACCACCGCAUCAUGGGUAGGUUUAGGACGGCGAUCGACACGGCUGCUCUUCGAGAGAUAAAAUGCAAGAACCAUAGAUUCAGUUGGAGUAACGAGCACGAGGUUCCCACACUCGUCAGUAUCAACAAGUUUUUUCUGCAACAUUGCCCAGGAAACCAUCUUCCCCUCCUUCCUCCUCAUGGUUGCGUCGACAUCUUGUUCGGAUCAUUGCGCUCCGGCUCGCCGGCACGUCUGCGAGGUCGCCGACGCCCAUAGAAAAGUGAUUCUUUGCCUGCAAGAGACGAAAAUUAAAAUGUGGGAUCGACAGUUAGUUAGAGAAGUAGGGGGGUCGC